AACGGCCGCGCGCCGGCUCGGAGACGAGCGUCACUGUGCGGGAGCGCGCAUAGCAGGGCGGGCGUGGAGCGUGCGGGGGCCGCGCGCUGCCUCUCAGAGGCCCGACGGCGCUGCCGAGAGGCGGCCGCGAUAACGACGGCAGCGGUGACGGGAACCGUGCCGGGGGUGAGGCACUGUAACCCAGUUGGACUCUGCAUUCAGACAGCCCAAGAUUGAAGACAAAAGAGCAGACACACUAACCUGGAAACAGGGACCUCUUUGGAACUUUACUUUCGUUCACAGUAAUCUUUAAAAAGUAUCGAGUGGAAUUGAUUUUUUUUUUCCAUCUUAAUUUUGCUUAUUGGGAAGAACAUGGCCUCAGGGAUUUUAUGUUUCCCUUUAGUUUUGCAUGAACUCUCUAGAAAACGGAGCCCUAAAAGGGCUUGAGAAUAACAACAAGAGAUUGAAGACAGACAAGCUUGCUCUUUCUGUUUUCCCUCCCCCUUUAAAGAAAAGGAUUACAACUCAGUCUUGUAACAGCUGCUGCCCAUCUUUAGCCAUCAAGAGAAAAGAAAUAAAAUUAAACCACCAUUGCCAUACUACAAGCCCUGAAGUCAAGGUGUGGGAGUAGUGGCAUUGAGAAAACUGCCUAAAAGAGACAAGGACUACAGUAAAAACAGUUUCUCUUUAACGCUGAAAAUCCCAGUUUCCUCCUUGGAUUAAAAUAGAAGCACAGGGCACACCUCUGGGUGAAGCUCACAUUUUGUGGAAGUGUGGUAGUCGUGGAGGUACUACAGUAUCUCUUCCGAAGAAUUUUUCCUUGUCCGAAGUGUUCUGCCCUACCCUGAUACUCGCCCCUUCUUUCCUUUUGAAGAUUUAUCUCCAUCCAUGAGCUAUUCCUUGAUCUGUCUGACUGCCUGUGUUCUCUACCUGCAACCAUUUGCAUGUUUACAGUCUCUUGUUUGUCUCCAGUUUUCAAAUUGUACAAGUUGUGUUUCUUAGUCUCCUGCCUCGUUCUGGGGAGGUGGUUAUUCAUUAUUUGGAAUCACCUUUCCCCCUCCCAUAUGCUCUCCUUCAUUUGAGAUCUUUUGACCUUUGGUUUCAUUUGGGAGGGGGAAGGGUGAUAAUUUAAAUUUUUCUCUUUCCCUGGUGUCCUGUGCUCUUAUCUCCGGUGUUGCCCUCAUCCCGUUUUCUUGUCUGUUCUGCCGUUGUGUGGGCCUGGGCUAUGCGGCAGGGCAGAUCUCCCAUCAGACCUCCAACAUGCCCGCAGAGUCUGGAAAGAGAUUCAAACCCAGCAAGUAUGUUCCGGUCUCAGCAGCCGCCAUCUUCUUAGUGGGAGCUACGACCCUCUUCUUUGCCUUUACCUGUCCAGGACUAAGCCGUUAUGUGUCACCUGCAGUGCCCAUCUACAAUGCGAUUGUUUUUCUCUUUGUGCUGGCUAACUUCAGCAUGGCCACCUUCAUGGACCCAGGGAUUUUCCCUCGAGCUGAGGAGGAUGAAGACAAGGAAGAUGACUUCCGAGCUCCCCUUUACAAAACAGUGGAAAUCAAGGGCAUCCAAGUGCGUAUGAAAUGGUGUGCCACCUGCCGAUUCUACCGUCCUCCUCGAUGUUCCCACUGCAGUGUCUGUGACAAUUGUGUGGAGGAAUUUGAUCAUCACUGCCCCUGGGUGAACAACUGUAUUGGUCGCCGGAACUACCGUUAUUUCUUCCUCUUCCUCCUUUCCCUGACAGUGCACAUUAUGGGUGUGUUUGGCUUUGGCCUCCUUUAUGUCCUCUCCCACGUGGAGGAACUCUCAGGGGUCUGCACGGCUGUCACGAUGGCAGUGAUGUGUGUGGCUGGCUUAUUCUUCAUCCCUGUAGCUGGCCUCACGGGAUUUCAUGUGGUGCUGGUGGCUCGGGGACGCACAACCAAUGAACAGGUUACGGGUAAAUUCCGGGGAGGUGUGAACCCCUUCACCAAUGGCUGCUGUAAUAAUGUCAGCCGUGUACUCUGCAGUUCCCCAGCACCCAGGUAUUUGGGGAGACCAAAGAAAGAGAAGACCAUUGUAAUCAGACCUCCCUUCCUUCGACCAGAAGUGUCAGAUGGGCAGAUAACUGUGAAGAUCAUGGACAAUGGCAUCCAGGGAGAGCUGAGGAGAACUAAGUCUAAAGGAAGCUUGGAGAUUACAGAGAGCCAGUCCGCAGAUGCUGAACCUCCACCUCCUCCUAAGCCGGACCUGAGCCGUUAUACAGGGCUACGAACACACCUCAAUCUGGCUGCUAAUGAGGACAGCAGCCUGUUGAGCAAGGACAGCCCCCCCACACCUACCAUGUACAAGUAUCGGCCAGGCUACAGUAGCAGCAGCACAUCAGCCGCCAUGCCUCACUCUUCUAGCGCCAAGUUGAGUCGUGGUGACAGCUUGAAGGAGCCAACCUCAAUUGCAGAGAGCAGCCGCCAUCCCAGCUACCGGUCAGAACCCAGCCUGGAGCCAGAGAGCUUCCGCUCUCCCACUUUUGGCAAAAGCUUUCACUUCGACCCACUGUCCAGUGGUUCACGCUCCUCCAGCCUCAAGUCGGCCCAGGGCACAGGCUUUGAGCUGGGCCAGUUGCAGUCCAUCCGUUCAGAGGGCACAACCUCCACCUCCUAUAAGAGCCUGGCUAACCAGACACGCAAUGGAAGUUUAUCUUAUGACAGCCUGCUCACUCCUUCCGACAGCCCUGACUUUGAGUCAGUGCAGGCAGGGCCUGAGCCAGACACACCUUUAGGCUACACCUCUCCCUUCCUGUCAGCCCGGCUGGCUCAACAGCGGGAAGCUGAGAGGCACCCACAUUUGGUGCCAACUGGCCCAGCACACCAAGAGCCCUCACCAGUCCGGUACGACAAUCUGUCGCGCCAUAUUGUGGCCUCCCUCCAGGAACGAGAGAAGCUGCUACGCCAGUCACCCCCAGUCCCAGGUCGAGAGGAAGAACCAGGCUUGGGGGACUCCGGCAUUCAAUCGACACCAGGCUCAGGCCAUGCCCCUCGUACUAGUUCCUCCUCAGAUGAUUCGAAGAGGUCACCCUUGGGCAAGACUCCAUUGGGACGCCCAGCUGUGCCCCGAUUUGGCAAGCCAGAUGGACUAAGGGGCCGGGGACUGGGGUCCCCUGAAUCAGGCCCAACUGCUCCAUACCUGGGCCGAUCCAUGUCUUAUAGCAGCCAAAAAGCCCAACCUGGUGUCUCUGAGACUGAAGAAGUGGCCUUGCAGCCGUUACUGACACCCAAAGAUGAAGUACAGCUCAAGACCGCCUACAGCAAGUCCAAUGGGCAGCCCAAGAGUAUAGGCUCAGCUUCCCCUGGCCCAGGCCAGCCACCUCUCAGUAGCCCUACAAGGGGAGGAGUCAAGAAAGUGUCAGGAGUAGGUGGCACCACCUAUGAGAUUUCGGUGUGAGCCUUCGGCACCUCCCCUCCCCCACACCUCUGCGCCUGCACCAAAGGGCCCCCCAGGUGGCCACCUUCCUUUCCUCAAGGGGCUCUCCUCCCCUGCAUGGACAUUUUUUUAAACCACCGAUUCCAAGAGGAUGAGGAGCGUUUAUAAAAUGCAAUGGGGUUGGGGAGUCGAGAGUUGGGGCCCUGAGACUGGGGCAGCAACCCCCUUUACCUAUUAAGACCUUCCCUUCCUCAACCCCUGGACCAGACUCAGUGGACAUUUGUGCAAUUGCUCGCCCUGGAGAGAACCAGAUCAUUUUUAAACCAGAAAUAAUUUUUUUUAUUAUUGUUACGGAUUCUAUUUUUUUCCUCUUCUGCGUUACCAGGUGUGUGUGUGUACAUAUAUAUACAUAUAUAUAUUAUAAAUAUCAAAGAAAUUAUAUAUCUAUCCUGGGAUGGGAAAAUGAGGGAGGGAUGUUUAAGAGGGGGAUCUUACUCUUCCCAUUCCUGGGACCAGCAGGAGAAGAGGAAAGAUGUGAAUAGAAGUCUUCCUUUGCCCCAGGGUUCUCUCUUUUGUCCAUUACCAAUUAAGAAAAUAGCACCCCAUGUUGUCGGUGCUUAGUGAUCAGGAAAGGAACUGGAGAGAGGCGAGUCUGAAGUCUUGGUCAGAGGAGAGAGUAAAGUUUUCAGGGCUCAUUGGCACUUAGUUUUCCCAGGAAAGGGGUCACAGCCCCAUGAUGUUUUUGGUGGAGGAGAGAUCAGGAAAAGAGCUUGGCCAAGCUCCUGAAACAACUGGAUAAACCCCUUUUUGGGAUGGAAGGAUUAGGGUGGGCUUCUUCAACUAGCCCCUCAAAUCCUUCCCCCAUUUCACACACAGUUAACAUUUUUAAAUCCAAGGCUAGGAGAGAAGAAUCCAAAAAGCAAUAUUUUUCAUCACAUGCCAAAAAUGGGAUAGAGAGGAGGAGUGGCAGGCCUAAGCCCCUCCAAUUGUCCCUUGAGAGGUACCCCUCAGCCCACCUUGGUAUGGUGCUGGGUAGAGGAGAUACCUGGGUUCUAACCUCUAAACAGGGGAGACCCCAGCCUCUAGAUAGAGGCCAUUUUAUUUUUUAUUCUGAUUAGUCAUUUUAAACCAACAAGGAAUAAAAAGAAAUCCUGAUCUAACCAGCUCCCCCCUGACUUGUGUUAUUUUGUCUGGUUAAGGCAGGGUGAAUGGUCUCUGGUGGAGAGUCAUAAAGAAAGCCUCAGAAGUUUCUCUGGUCCUGACCCAUCUUUAGAUAGGACUGUAGUGAAAAUAACCACUUAAGACAACAGGUCCUGGUGUUUUUUACCCAGUGAUUUAAUCCCCAAAAUUCCUGGGGAUGGGAAAUCAUUUGCAACUACUAAAGUCUGUCAUUUCGAAGCUUAGAGAACUCUUGACUUGUGCCACACUUGUUUCUUAAUACAGAAUUGUCUCUGAAAAGUAAAGUUCAUUUUGGAUGUAGCCAAAGGGAAGACUGAAUGAUCAAAAUAUGAAAGCCCUCUUAAAGGCCAACUGUAUAUAUGGGUGGCAGUUCAAUUUGAUAUUUCCUGUUUUUGUCUUCUAUUUGCAAAAGCAAAAGGCUGUGCCCUAAUUUUUAAUAGGCACCCUUGGACACUUAAUCUCAGGAAACUGGCUAGAACCCUUUAUUUUCACUGUUUAUAACAAGUAUAUGAACUCUGAAAUCCUACUGUAAAAUUAGAGCUAAAUGAAUGAGUGGUUUUCCCUCUACAAUCUAGAGGGCUGGUAGCAAUAGAUUUUAACUGUUCUGCCAGUUUAACUUCUAGUCUGAUUACAUUAGGCUGGGUUUUCUCAGAUUUUUUUCAGUUAUUUGGCCUGCAAAGACCAAAGGGACUUAACUUUACAUUUUGUUAGUUUAGCUGCCUUUUGUUGCUGUCUUAGAAGCUUAGAAAUGUUUUCACAUCAGCCAAAUACUUUGUCUUAACUAAGGAAUGAGGCAGUUCCAAAGUUCUUACUACUAAUAUAAAGAUAAGAGAAGCAUUUACCUUUGCUUGCCAGAUAUUCACUUCAAAAAAAUCAUGGGCUUGACCAAGAAUCAACUUGUUGAAGUACAGUGGUGAUUGAUUGUAGGUGCUUUUUUGGUUGGCUAUUCUGUUUCAACACAAAAUUGACCUAGAAUACAGUCAAGCCCUAACUGGAUCAGCUCUUCAGAUGGAGUAUGAACACUAUGGGCAAGGUGUUAUUUGUCUGUGGAAAGGUAUUAACAAACUCUUCCUAACUUUUGGACCAUGUUUCCCAAUUUCAUUUUGGUUGGUUCCCUGCCUACUGAUAAUAUAAUACAAGGCCCAAAUCCCCCCAGAUCUUAGCAUGCUGUGGCUUAAACUCUGACUCUCACAGAAAGGCACUUACCUCUUAAUAGGCAGUCAUACUUCAGCCAGUUUGAUAAAUGCAAUUUCUUUUUUUUU